GAUAGCGCAGAAGCAUGUAGCCCCUCUAGACAUUACAAAACAAUAAAUAUAUAUAGACACCGAACACACACACGUACAAACCCACAUUUUUUUUUUUUGCAGGUUAGAGAUCUCACACGAGGUGAGACAAAAAAAGACCAGCGGACGUUGUCUCAUACCAGUCACGUACCCGCGCUGACUUCGUUGUGGUGCUGCGUGGCAGAGUUACCGAAACCGAAGAAGAAAGCAAAGUCGUACGCUACGACCCAUAGACACAUGCAAAUGCACACAAACGAGAGCAACAGCAGAAAACUCAGCGCCGCUGCCGCAGAGAGCGGCGAGAUGGACGUUGAUACUCUUCUGACGCGGCAGAUGGAGCUGCACACCUCGGUGCGGCACCCACCCAAAAACCCACAAGGCCUCGUGCAGCUGAUGGACAUCAUGCGCAACUACAAAAACUACUUCGAAUCGCUGCGGAAAAUAGCGGGUCAGUUCAACAUGGAGCCGGAGACCGUCUUCCAGGCCUUCAUGUACAUUAGCGUCGGUGGCACCGUCAACUUCGACCGCCAGCACCAGGACGGCUCCGUCCCCAUGCACCAGGCGAAGGUGCUCGCCCGCUCUAACGCCAUCGAACUCGCGUCGACGCUGCGCAAGGAGGUGCCCAACUCAGAGCUUAUGGUGUACGUAGGACUGAGCCGGGACCUGCGCACCACUCUGCGCGUUAAGGUCGAGGACGGCAAUGACCUCAAGACGGCGGAGGCGAGUGUGUGCGAGGCGGUGGAGUACCUGAACUACAUUGACCGCUGUGCCCACCACAACCCCGAGAGGAUCUUCCAGUUUUACAUGGCUGAAGACCCCGCCUCGUUGACGGCGCUGCUCAGCGAGUCGGACCCAUUGUCCUUGACGCAGACUAUGAACAGCAGCACGAUGCGCGGCUCGGGCAUGACGAUGCUCGCCGUCUUUGACGAGGGCGGUGCGGACGCCCGCGAGCCGACGCCGCUGCCGGAUCCGCUUUCUUCGUUUCCGCAGCAGCUGAAGACGCAGUGCGGGCUGGCGAGCGAGAAGUCCACCGUGAGCGGGAGCGCCGCACGCCGCCUCAAGGCAGCGCAGGUGGUGCUGGACUGGGUGACAGCGGUGCCAGUAGAGUACUUCGCCGAGCACGCGGAGCGUAUCGUGGCGACCGUGUCGUCGACGCUGACGCUGCUGGCCUCGGAGAAGCGGUCUGCUCUCUGCCGGGUUGGGUGUGAGGUCAUCACUGUUCUGAUGCAGCGCCUCUCUCCCGAGCCGGUGUUUCUCGAUGAUGUCGAUCGCGGGACGUGCAGCGCCAACUCAGAGACCUUCAGCGGCGCCCUCGCUCAGUGGACGACGAGCCUGGCAAAGGGCACGUACGUGACCGUCGCUGCCAUCUCCGCGGCGGCCGAUGUGGCCCUUCGCGCUGUCGUCAUCCAGAGCCACGGGCACAUCUGUGUAGUGAAGAAGCUACUGGAGGUGCUGUCCAACGGCACCCAAACGGAGCUGCGCCGUAAGUGUCUCGGCUACCUCUCCCUGUGCGUGACCGCUGCGCACGCGCAACGCCAAGAGCGUGUGCGGGAACUGCUUCCCCUGCUGGCGCCGGUUGCCGUCGACUACGUCGCCAUCGGUGACUCGCCGAGCCGCAAGAUGGCGCGAGCGUUGUGCUCUGUGCUGCGCGUCCUCGCCGCGGAUGCGUCGCCCGGGAGUAAAGAUCUUCUCACCAUCGCAGACGAACGCAUCGAGCACCUGGUUCAGCAAGAGCGUCCGCAAGUGGAGCCGGCCGUGCUGGGCGGCCCGCAGGAAUUGGAGGAGCUCCUCUUCGAGGCGGACGCCUUCGUCUCCUCCACGCGCUCGUCCUUCUCCAAUUCCACCUCGCGGCACAGCGGCGCGGGUUUCGGUGCCGGUGCCGGUACAGUAAGUGGUGGCAGCGUGCGUGGCCGCGGGCGUGGGGCCGCCACGGGGUCGAAGCGCUCGAGCCAUUCGUCGUCGCACGACAGCACCGGCAACACAGAGAUGCCGGGCCGUGCGCGGGGCUCCGGCCAGCCACCGUUUGCCCCGCGCCCCUCGGCGAGCAGCGGGGUCGCGGUGGGGCGACGCCACACGGGGGAGCCGCCGCGGGUCCCGUCGCCAGUGCGUGGACAAGCGGGCUUGCAGGAGAUCAGAUCGGGUCAUGUGCUAGGCGAGCUGCGGAGCCCCACCCGGCGCGGCACCGCAGCAGCAGGGGCGGGGGGCGGCCCGAGACGCUCUCAGGAGAGGCAGCGGCGCAGUAAAUCUCCCCACAAAGUUGAUGGAGAGGGGAUGGCCGCGGCCCCGCUGCGUAAAGGACAGCAGACGCACGUACACGCAGCCAGUGGUGUGUACGACACCGACGCCUUUCUUGGCAGCGGGCCUACCCUCAAGAAAAACGCGAAGGCGGAGGAGCACAGCGUCCGCGUGUCUUCUUCCUCCAUCCCUGCCUCUUCAGGGAACAAACCUCAAGACGGCAGCAGCGGCAGCACGAACGCCGUUGUUGACGGUCCUGCACGCAGCGCGGCGACGCGCAGCUCCGUCCCGCUGCUGCCAUCGCUCGGUUCCCAGCCUCGCCGAAGCCCCAUGCUGGAGGCGCAGAACCACCUCCAUCAGCACGCCGACAACAACGGUGCCCGCGAUGCUCCUGCGCAC